AUGUCAUAUGAUAAUAGAUAUGGUUCAAGUGAAGGAAGCAGCGGUCAGUAUGGCUCUUCAUUGAGACCAUCAAACACUUUGGCACGUCUAGCUUUUAACAUUUAUGGUAAUUCAGGCUCAACUUCUCAAUCAUCAAUAUCUCCAAGUAGGGUUCCAACUCCAUUUACUGCUUCUUCAUUAAGGCAAUCACCUCCAUCAUUCACUCCAUUACAUGACCCAGCUAGUUUAGAUGAUACAAAUGCUCAAGUAAAAUAUAAAGCAAAUCAAGAAUUAACAAGUUUAUCAAUGUUACAUGAUUCUUCAGAUUCUGUUGUUGUUACUGGUAAAAAUUUAUUACAAAUUCUCAAAAUUGAUAAUUCUGGUAUCUCACCUAUAAAUGAUUUAUUAUCAAAUACUUAUUAUAUGAAGAAUAAAAAAGUGAUUGGUUCCAUAUUAGAUGUUGAUGCUGGUUAUCAAAAUUAUAGUAAAUAUAUUGCAACUUCUACCACAACUGGUUCAAUUUUCAUAUUUAAUAGUGCUAUACAAUCCCAAAACAAUAAAAUGGUAUUGAAAUACAAUGAUCAUACAAGAGCUGUUAAUAAAAUAUCUUUCAGUCCAUUAGAUUCACAUUUAUUAAUAUCUGGUUCACAAGAUGGUGCAAUGAAACUUUGGGAUUUAAGAUCAAAUAAAUCAAAACCUGUAUUUACAAUGCAUGGUAAUUCAGAUGCCGUAAGAUCAUUAAGAUUUUCACCUUUCCAUAAUAAGAAAAUUUGUGCAAUUUUUGAUUCUGGUGUUAUACAAAAAUGGGAUUUAAGAGUACCCAAUCAAUUUGAAAGAAAAUUUAAUGCCCAUACAGGUCCUGGAUUAUCAUUAGAUUGGCAUCCUGAAUUAGAUUAUGUUGUUAGUGGUGGUAGAGAUAAACAAAUUCAAGUUUGGAAUAUGAAUAAUAAUGAUGCUAGACAAAUUCCUGAACAUGUGAUUUAUACAGCUGCACCAAUUAAUAAAGUUAGAUUUAGACCAAAUUCUCAAGGAAUUACAAAUAUAAUGAAUGCUGAAAUUGCAACAAGUUUCUUAACAAAUGAAUUAAGUACACAGGUUUAUUCAUUGAAAAGAAAAUAUAUUCCCGAAUAUGAUGUUGAAUCACAUUCUUCUCAAAUUACAGGGUUAGCUUUUAAAGAUGAAAGAACAAUGUUAACUUGUUCCAAAGAUAGUUAUUUAAUUAAAGAAGAUUUGAAUUCAUAUUAUCAUCCAAUUGAUAAUUUACAUAUUAAUGCAACUUCAUGGUCUGUUACUAAUGAUUUAAUUUUUUUAGAUCAAGAAAUUGCACCAAUUAAUGAAAUUGAACCAAUUGAUUUCCCUGCACAGCAACAACAACAACAACAAUCUUCAACAUCUAAUAGUUUUAAUCCAAUGACUUCAUUAAUGUCAACUUCGCCAAAUUCCCCAAUCAAUUCAUCAUUGAAUACAGCAAUUAAUAGUCCAUCUGUUUCUUCAUUCCCAGAACAUUCACCAAGACCUGGUAUGUCAAGAACUUCAAGUGCAUUUAGACCAAAUAUACCAAGAAUGACAUCUCAGGGGAGUCAAGGACAUCGUCAUCAAAAUCAAAUUUUUACAAAUCCUUAUGUUGUACCUGUUUCAUUAUCAAUUUUUAAAUCAGAAGAAACUUUAAAUUAUUUAGCAUCAAAUUAUAAAAUUGAUCCAUCAGAAGACUUAAUUGAAAAUUGUCAAUUAAAUUCCAUAAUUGCUAAUGAAGCUGGAUGCUUAAGAGAUUCUCAAACUUGGAAAAUUAUAAAAGAAUCAUUAAUAUGGGAACAAAAUUUAGAAAGAGAGCUAAAAUAUGAAUUAGAAAAUGAUACUACGAUAAAUCAAGAGCUUACACAUAACUUAAAUGAUAAUGAAAGCUACAAUUCGGAUAUAAAUAAAGAUUAUCAAUAUAGUACAUCAAAUUCUACAAUAAAUUAUGGGAAAUCGCCAUCUCUCAGUGAUUUAAGUGAAUUUAAUAAUUCAUUAAAUUCUAAAGAAAUGUCAUAUAAAUCAAAAGAUGAUUUAAAAAUCACUAAAUUGAAAAAUGAUAAUUUUGAUCAAAUUCAAGAAAAUAUAAAUGAAGAUUAUGAAAAUGAAACUACUUUAGAUGAAAAAGAUAAAGAAAAAACAUUAACAAAAGAAGAUUUAUUAAAAUGGGAUGAUUUACCUGCAAAACCAAAUCAAGAACCAUCAAAAGAACAACGUGAUUCAUUAAAACUAUCCGAAUUAAAUAAUAAUGAUAAUCAAGAUGCAGAAUCAUCAUCUGCAUUGGAAUUUGUUGAAACUUCAAAUUCAACAACUAAUCCAAUAUCAUUACCAUUAUCUAAAAGAAAACCAAGAAAUUCUAUAAUGGAAUCAUUAUUACCAUCUGGGGAUUCUCCUGAAUCAAAUCAUAAUAGAUUUGGUAAAUCAUCAUCUCCAUCAUAUUCAAUUACAUCAUCAUUAUCAGCUAUAUCAAAUAAAGCUUUAGAUUCUAAUAAUAAUAUUAUAAAAUCUAAAUUAUCAUCAGGAUUAUUAAAUAAAAAAUCAAAUUUUAAUAAAUUAAUUAAACAAGAAAGUCAUAAAUCAGAAUUAACAAGACAAUUUACUAAUCAAAAACAAAAUGAAUUAGAUAUUACAUUACCACCUUAUGCACCUAAAAAAUUGAUUAAAAAGGCAAUUGAUUUCAGUUUAGACCAGGGAGAUUUAAUAAUGGGAUGUACAAUGUUGAUAAUGUUUAAUGAACGUUAUAAACUUUUUAAAGAUCAAUCAAUAAAAGAAAUUUUACAUACAUAUAUUGAAUAUUUACAAAAAUUACAAUUCUUCAUGACAAUAACUAAGAUAAUAUCCAUAUCGAAAUAUUCAAAAUUUAAAGAAAUGUCAUUAAAUUCCACCACAAUAAGAAGAUUUUGUUCAAAUUGUAAUAAAUUAAUUAUAAAUGAAAACCUAAAGGAAAAGCAUUUGAAAUCUCCAAAGGAAAUUGAAUUUGGUACUUGGUAUUGUGAAAAUUGUAAAUCAAGAACUCUUUGUUCUUAUUGUAAUGAACCUAUAAAAGGUUUAACAAUUUUUAAAUUAUCUUGUGGUCAUACUGGACAUUUUGGAUGUUUUGAAAAAUGGAUGAUUGAUGAAGAAAUGAAUGAAUGUCCUGCAGGUUGUUAA